AGAUGCCACCUAGCUUGAAGAGCCUGAAUUUCUAUCUCAGUUCCUACUGGCUCCAAAGACAUCCCUAUAAAGAUACAGCCUUCAGAGCCUUUGGUCUUCCGUGACCAAAGAGCUGUGAGCAGCACCUGCUACCCAAAAACAGCACCUUCUCAAUUUGACCUUCUCGCAUGGCCACAAGGGCCCCAGGGACAAGCCUCCUUCUGAAUUGUCGCAGGGAAGAAUUUCUGGGCGGAACAGCUCUGGGGUGCGACUUCUCUCAAGAUUUGACGAAAGCAGCAUGAGGACUGUGGGGGCCAGCCUUUUCCUCCUCUUCUUCCUCCUUCAGGUGGUCGCAGGUGACACAGCGAGCUCCCCUUGCGCGCCCAAGCGUGUCGGCCCUGGUGCCAUGGUGUGUGUCUGCAACGCAACUUACUGCGACAUGAUGGGCCCCCUCUCCCUCCCACCCGAGGGCACCUUUGUCAAGUAUCUGAGCAGCAAGGCUGGCAAGCGCCUGGAGCGAAGCAAAGGGAAGCUUUUGGCAAACAGGAAACGCUCAGGGCUCCUGUAUUCCUACAAUCCCUGUGUUCACUACCAGUGUAUUAAAGGUUUUGGUGGCUCCCACACAGACUCAUCCUCAAUUAAUAUCCUGCAGUUGUCUCCACCAGCCCAAGAGCACCUGCUCCGGUCCUACUUCUCCAAAGACGGCAUCGAGUACAACCUUUUGCGCUUGCCCAUUGGCUGUUCGGACUUCUCCACUCGCCCGUACUCUUACGACGACGACUGCCCCGACGACUUUGAGCUGAAAUGUUUCAGCCUAGUGCAGGAGGACACCAAGUUGAAAAUCCCUCUCCUUCAACGCAUCCUGGCCUUAUCAAAGCAACCCCUCUCCCUUAUUGCCAGUCCAUGGUCUAGCCCGGCUUGGAUGAGAGUCAACGGCAAGGUGGAGGGCAAAUCAAAGCUGAAGGGGAAAGCCGGAGACAUGUACCACAAAACGUGGGCCCGCUACUUCGUCAGGUUCCUGGAUGAAUACGCCAGACACAACAUCACCUUCUGGGCGGUGACACCCCAGAACGAGCCCAAUAGUGCUGUCCUCUCGCCCAGUGGCGACUUCCCCGUCAACCGCCAGACGGCUGAAGAGGCACGAGACUUCAUCAUCCUAGACCUGGGCCCUGAACUGGCCGCCAGCUCCCACAAAGAUGUCCUGCUCAUUAUGUAUGAUGACCAGAGGUCCGAAAUCCUCGACUGGGCCAAAGUGAUCCUUGGAAACAGCAGUUCCGCCAGGUACAUUGCAGGCAUUGGAAUCCACUGGUACUACGAUACCACAACCCUUCCGAGCCUGACUUUGGAUCCCACACACUCCCUCUUCCCCAAUUACUUCCUGCUCUACACGGAAUCUUGUAACGGUUAUCCGCCGAAUAUCGUGAGAGUGGACCUCGGGAGCUGGGACCGGGGCGUCAAGUAUAGCCAGAAUAUCUUGGAGAACAUCAGCCACCAUGUUGUGGGCUGGAUCGACUGGAACUUGGCCCUGGAUAUGCGCGGGGGACCCAACUUCGUUGAGAACUUUGUGGACAGCCCAAUCAUCGUGAACGCUGCAAAAGACGAGUUCUACAAGCAACCCAUGUUCUACCACUUAGCUCAUUUCAGUAAGUUCAUCCCGGAAGGCUCCGUCCGAGUCUUGCUGGCUUGCAAGAGCCUCCUGGGCAAUUGCCAACUACAGACCGAGGGCUUCUUACGCCCGGAUGGUGUGGCAGUGGUGGUUGUGCUUAACAAGUGUAUCUGGAAAGUGCCUUUCAGCAUCUCAGAUGGUCAGCUUGGCUACAUUGAGGAUGUCGCUCCGGCCAACUCCAUCCAGACGUACCUGUGGAAGACUUCCACUACCUGCCUCGGAGGAAAGGGGCAAGGGACAUGCCUUCUCCCCACAAGGUGAACCGGAUGCACGGAAGCAGCCUCAAUCUCCCCCCUGCCUCACCCUGCAAACCUCAAGAUCAUGGAUAGAGCCUGAU